AUGGAGAUCACCAUUAGAAAUGUGCGACCUGUCACUUCAAUACCCAUUACUCUAUCGACAGCAGAUGAUUUCUCAAAAUUUACCACAGUAGUUAACGAUACGGAUCUUCAGUUCUGGAAAGCAUCUGAGAAUCCAUUUUCUGCUACAUGGCCAGCAAUCUAUGAUUGGAACGAUAUCACAGACUACAUAAGUAAUACAACCACUGAUGCUACUAAGUCUUCAAAAAUGGUUAAAACACAACGUGAAGGGUCGCUGUCACAAAAACCAUCAGAAUCAAUCGUAAGAAUUGCUAUAACUAAUGAAAGAAAUCAAAAUAAAGUCGAAAUUAGUAAUAUUGCUGCCAGCAAUAUGCAACGAACAGCACCUGUUAACGACAUUUUUAAUUUUCCAACUACUGCCACUGCUAUUACUGAAGAAACGAAUCGCUAUAUUUUGAACGAUAAAACCACACUUAAUAAACCGACUGCUAGCUUUAAUAUUAAUAAUUUUGGUUCUACUGAAACAGUACUAGCAUCAGAAGAAGCCACAAGUGAUCAACAUUUAUUAGCUUUAAAGCAAAAUUUCAAAGAUUCAUUAAAUGAUAUACAACUUUAUGUAUAUGAAAAACUAAAUAAUGAGAACAAACUUGUUCUAAAAGACAUUGUUCAAAGAAAUAUAAAAAUAAUUAGUCAGUUAAUACGAAAAAAAUUAGAAAAGGGUUUGCAAUAUUCAGAGAGUAAUUAUUUCGGAAUAGACCCGAUCAAGCCAGGAAGAAAAAUUUUAAGUGGAUUAGCUCAGGUUCAGAAAUCGUUUUUCACUUUCCCUAAUGUAAAUGAUCGAAACUAA